ACUUAUUUUCUUAAUCAAGUCUUUUUGUCAAUUCCGUGAACGUAGGUUCCACUUGUCGGUCCUACAAAAUGGAGAAUUAUACAAGGUGUUAGUGCACAUCUACAUUUAUCAAUUUCAAAUUCUUUCAACAGGGUAAAUUAUACUUUCCUAGAUAAUUGAGAGAGAAAAAUAAAAGUGCAAAAAGAAUGGAAGAACUCAAGCCUCAGGUACCAUUCAUAGUAGCAAUAAAAGAUCAUCCAGGAUCUAUAGGCAGCAGGAAAAUAUCACAUGAAUUAGCAGAGUUCGUACGAUGUCCUCUUAUUAAUGAAAAUGAUAUCACCCAAACCCUUGAAAAAAUAUCCAUUCCAACCCCCUCAAGUUCAACCAUAACUCAAACUUCUAAUGAGCUUUCAGACAAUUUACCUUUUGAGAUUGUUUCUCAAAUUGCCUUAACCCAACUCAACUUGAAGUUCAAUGUUAUCAUCAACAUAUUGCUAUUCAAUGAUACCCGUCUCAAUAAAUUGAUUGAAUUGGAGCAUUCUGGGAAGGCGCGCUUGAUCAUUAUUCAAGGCGAAAGCAAUAAUCAUCAAGAUUAUUAUGACAGUGGUCAUAUCUUGAAGGUAAGCAUCGACGAAGAGUCAUUUAAUGUGAAUGAAGUUGUCACCAAAAUGUAUAAUUUACUAGAUGGUAUGAGAGAAAAUGCAAAGAGUCACAACAAACUUAUCAGACAACCUAUAAAUGACCAUUUGCAUGAAUUAGUUUUAUCCAAAGAGCCAAGAACAAACAAAAUCCUAUGCAGAAGUUGCUCAAAACUUAUUUCUGGUCUCUCUUAUGAAUGUGCAGAGUGCAAUGAGUUCACCUUUCAUAAAUUAUGUGCAGAGUCGUCCCCAGAUGUAAAGAAUUGUCCUCGUUGGUUAAGGAAAAUGAAGCCAAAGCAAUAUGACUUCCAAAAGACAUAUAAAUGUAAUAACUGUGCAGAAUUUUCAGAAGAUUGUUAUGAUUGUCUCUUCCAAACCAACGUCAAACAUGGAUUUUUGCCGACUAUUCUUCAUCAGCAAAGACAUCAACACUUUCUUAAUUUCAUUAUCAUGCCCUUCCAGUAUAAUUAUCAAUAUAAAUGCUGUAUUUGUGAUAAACUGGGCAGCUCAGUUAGCUACUCAUUAUCAUGCCCUUCCAGUAUAAUUAUCAAUAUAAAUGCUGUAUUUGUGAUAAACUGGGCAGCUCAGUUAGCUACAAAUGUUAUGAUUGCAACUAUGAUGUUCAUGUCAAGUGCAUAUUACCAAGCACUACUUGGAUGCGUGGGAAUGAUUAUUCCCUUGUCUCUGCGUCGUCGUAUCAUCAAGAUGAGUUGGAAAAAAAGCAAGGGAGCCAUUGUUGCUAUUAGCCAAGAACUAGUAGCAAGUUAUUUGGGUUCUGAGAGUAUGCCUCGUCAACCUUAUAUUGCUUAUAAAGGAAACGUUCCUCAGCCUAUUUUAAGUGAAGAGCUUAUAAAGGAAAUUAUCAACAGAUGUGACAUCAAUCAUGAUAAUAUUAUCAGCGAGGAAGAGCUAAUCAAAGCUUUUGAUGAACUUGGUUCGAGGUUCCCUUGGUUUAGAGCCCAGAAGGCCAUGGCUUGUGCUGAUUCCAAUAAAAAUGGACAAAUCGACUCCGAUGAGUUGGAUCAAGUCGUCAAAUACGCUAGCAAGCAAGGAUACCAAUUCAAGAAGUCACAAAAAGCUUAUUUGAAUUGA